GAGCGGCGGGCUGCCGGGGCCGCCUGUGCACGGCGGCGGUCGCCUGAGCCGCGCGGUUCCGCAUCAUCCGCCGAGUGUGAUGAGGCUGCUCUGCCUCGCUGCUCCGCUUGCCGCCAGCUGACAGCGCCGGCACACAGCCCGCCCGCGAGGGCAGACGCCGCGGGGCCGUGACCUUGGCCGAAGAGCGCGCAGACCGAUAAUUCCAGUAUCUGAGAGCGGACCAAGUGUGGGGUGACAUGGCCCAGGGAAUAAUUACGGGCAGACUAGCAACGGGGUGGCAGACGAAUCACCCAACAUGCUGGUGUACAGAAAGAUGGAAGACGUCAUAGCACGCAUGCAAGAUGAAAAAAAUGGAAUUCCUAUUCGUACUGUCAAAAGCUUUCUUUCCAAGAUACCUAGCGUCUUCUCUGGGUCAGACAUUGUUCAGUGGUUAAUAAAGAACUUAACUAUAGAAGAUCCAGUGGAGGCACUCCAUUUGGGAACAUUAAUGGCUGCCCAUGGCUACUUCUUUCCAAUCUCGGAUCACGUCCUCACACUCAAAGAUGAUGGCACCUUUUAUCGGUUUCAGACACCCUAUUUUUGGCCAUCAAAUUGUUGGGAGCCGGAAAACACGGACUAUGCGGUUUACCUCUGCAAGAGAACAAUGCAAAACAAGGCAAGGCUAGAAUUGGCAGACUAUGAAGCUGAGAGCCUGGCCAGGCUGCAGAGAGCAUUUGCUCGGAAGUGGGAGUUCAUUUUUAUGCAAGCAGAAGCACAAGCAAAAGUGGACAAGAAGAGAGACAAAAUUGAAAGGAAGAUCCUUGAUAGCCAAGAGAGAGCAUUCUGGGACGUCCACAGACCUGUGCCUGGUUGUGUAAAUACCACUGAAGUGGACAUUAAGAAGUCAUCCAGAAUGAGAAACCCACACAAAACACGGAAGUCUGUCUAUGGUUUACAAAAUGACAUUAGAAGUCACAGUCCUACCCACACACCCACACCAGAAAUGAAACCUCCAACAGAAGAUGAGUUACAACAACAGAUUAAAUAUUGGCAAAUACAGUUAGACAGACAUCGGUUAAAAAUGUCAAAAGUUGCUGAUAGUCUGUUAAGUUACACGGAACAAUAUUUAGAAUAUGACCCAUUUCUUGUGCCACCUGACCCUUCUAAUCCAUGGCUGUCUGAUGAUACUACUUUCUGGGAACUCGAAGCAAGCAAAGAACCAAGCCAGCAGAGGGUAAAACGAUGGGGUUUUGGCAUGGAUGAAGCACUGAAAGACCCAGUUGGGAGAGAACAGUUCCUUAAAUUUCUAGAGUCAGAAUUCAGCUCAGAAAAUUUAAGAUUCUGGCUAGCAGUGGAGGACCUGAAGAAAAGGCCUAUUAGAGAAGUCCCUUCCCGAGUUCAGGAAAUAUGGCAAGAAUUUCUGGCUCCAGGAGCCCCCAGUGCCAUUAACUUGGAUUCUAAGAGCUAUGACAAAACCACACAGAAUGUGAAGGAGCCUGGACGAUACACAUUCGAAGAUGCUCAGGAGCACAUUUACAAAUUGAUGAAAAGUGAUUCAUACCCACGUUUUAUAAGAUCCAGUGCCUAUCAAGAGCUUCUACAGGCAAAGAAAAAGGUAUUGGUUCUUUGUGACCUUUUUCGAUCUGGUUCUCAGUUGUAAUUAUAUGGAGUAGUUCCUUCUGCUGAGCCCAGGGUAUUGGACAAAUGAUGUUCAUGCUUUACAACGUUUUUUAAGAAGCUGUUUUCGUGUUUCAUGUUAGUCUUCUGUAUGUCUAGUUUAAGGAAAUAAAAAUUACAAUAGUGAAAAGGAAAGAACAUCAUUAAGUCAAAAACUUGAAGAGGGGUUUCUCUUUCCAGUAAGCUCAAGUGUGUUUUUGGCCACAUACCCCAUAACUAAAUAUAGACUCAUAUUUUUCAAUGAAAGUUGUCAAAAUGUAGUAAUGUUCGCUUCAGAAUAUUUUAAUUUGAUAUUUAUCCUGGAUUACUUAGUAUCCCUAGGAUAAAUUUUACAUACCUAAGAAGGUAGCCAAACACAUUUUGGAAGAGCUGCAAUAGACCUCAUUAUUCAAUUAAUGUUUAUAAUCAGUGUAAACAAUAAAGCAGAGUAUGGAAAAUCUGAAUAUAAAAAUCAACACUAUUCAUUAUUUUUUAAUGUUAAAAUAGUCUAUAACUUCUUGAAAUUUUGAGAUUAAAUUGUAAUUUUGUGUGAUUGAUGACUGUCAUCUAGGCUAAUGGGAGUUUUCAAAGUCCAUGGCCUCUGCAGAUACCCUGUCUUUGCAGGAAGCAGAUACCCUGUCUUUGCAGGUACCCUGUCUUUGCAGGUACCCUGUCUUUGCAGGUGCCCAAUGCAGCUGCACUAGCCACAUGGGGUUGUUUACAUUUAAAUUUAAAUUAGUUACAAGUACAUAAAAUGCUAGCCAGAGUUCAAGUGCUCAAUGGCCACAGCAUAAGGCUUCUGAAAUAUUGGACAACAUAGAAUGAAGUUCACAUCUUUUCAGAAAGUUCUGUUGGACACAAGUGCUCUACAGAAUUGAUGUAAUCGAUAGAAAUCUAGUCCUGACAGAAAAUUAUGAGAAAAUUCAGAAAAUAUUCCACGAGAUUUUCAAAUAUGUAGGAUUUACACAUGUCAGCGUAAAACCUUUACAUAUCUACUUCAUUUUAGUGUCAUUUUAUUUUGCUUGAAACCAUACCAUUUUGUUUGCACAGGAAGAGUUUUGGUGUUAAAAAAUAAAAGUACUAAUAAAAACAGAGCCUGUGCCCUGUGUCUAGCGUCCUUCUUUGGCAGCUCUCCUACCUUCCUGGUCCCUUGAUUUAGAACAUGGAUUUGCUGUUGCAUCAUUUCAUCAUCCUGUCUUUCUCCACUCUGUUUUCUUUGCUUUCUUUUUAUUUAUGUUCCCUAGUUCCCUUUGCCCCAUCCCACCCCACUCAUGUAAGUCGGAACACUCAAUGGAUCGCAGAACAUCUUUUGAGAAAUUUGCACAGAAUGUGGUAAGUUUUGUUUUUUUGAGGAAUUACAAAUCAUUAAGUCCAAUUCAGAAAGUUUCCCAAUUUCUAACCCCAUCUCUCACCUUGCAUCCUUUGAUGUAACAACGAAAGUAUUGUCUUUAUUCAAAUUCAGAACUUUGUGCUUCCUGCUUAUCUUUCUGUCCCAACUCUUUCUAGAGUAAAGAUGUCAUCCAUGAAAAACCACACGUAUCAAACUAAGGUUUGGAAAGAAGUGUAUAUUAUGACAUAUAAAAUGAAGAAAUGAUAUUUUUUGUAUUUUUAUUUUUAUUCCAUGUAUCCCUUUCUUUCUUAAAGAUAGUGCAUGCGUUUCUACAUGCUCUUUCUCUUAG